AUGACAGAAAUAUUAUUUGCGUUCAUGCUCUUAGGCAGUCUGGCCCUGGGAAAUGUCACACAUCAAAAUAGUACAUACACCGACCCAAUUCUUCCCGGCUUCCAUCCAGACCCUAGUUGUAUAUUCGUUCCGUCCUGGGAUAACACCUAUUUCUGUGCCUCGAGUAGCUUUAACGUCUUUCCCGGGAUACCCAUUCACGCUUCCAAAGACCUCCGGAAUUGGAAACUGAUAGGAAAUGCUAUCUCGCGGCCGGAGAUGCUGCCCAGGUUGGCCACUACAAUCAAGGAUACAAGUGGAAUAUGGGCACCCACACUUAGGUACCGUGAAGGUAGCGACAGCACCAACGAAAAUGAAAGUGAUCAUGGUAAAGGGAGAUUUUGGAUUAGUACGACCCUGGUUUUUGAUAAUUUGGCUGCCGAUGAUGAAUCGCGUUGGGACAAUUUCGUGAUAUGCACCGAUGACCCAUUUGAGCCUGAUAGCUGGACAGAUCCCGUGCAUUUCGACUUCGGUGGAUACGAUACCUCGUUAUUCUGGGACGACGAUGGACAGGUCUACGUAACGGGAAGUCAUGAAUAUAAAGUCUGGCCUGGGAUACAGACCGCGACUAUCAACCUGGAGACAGGUGAAACAGGGCCUUGGGAAAACCCAUGGAAUGGCACUGGAGGGCUAGCACCAGAGGGUCCGCAUCUAUACAAGAAGGACGAUCAUUAUUACCUAAUGCUGGCAGAAGGAGGAACUGGAGAAGGACAUAUGGUCACUAUGGCGCGGUCGAGAGAUAUCAACGGACCUUAUGAGCCUGCGCCUCAUAAUCCCGUUCUAUCUAAUGCCAAUACCACUGCCUUUUUCCAGGCUGUGGGGCAUGCUGAUCUGUUUCAGAAUGUCCAUGGUAGUUGGUGGGCAGUCGCCUUGUCAACGCGGUCAGGACCCGAUUUCAAAAAUUAUCCGAUGGGAAGAGAGACAGUUCUGACGCCCGUUCAAUGGGAAAAGGGCGAGUGGCCAAUCUUUCAGAACGUAAGUGGGAUCACCAGCGGAUGGGAACUCCCCUCAGAGCCUAUACUUGUCUCGGACGGCGAGGGUCCUUAUGUCGAUAGCCCUGAUCAUCUUACCUUCCCGCCGAACUCGACACUGCCGUUGCAUCUGAUACACUGGCGCCUCCCAACGCCCGAUACAUAUCUUAUAUCACCACCAGGAAAUGAGAACUCACUAGUACUCCGUUCAUCAGUUCUUAAUCUAACUUCUACCAAUGGACUAUCCACCAGCGGGAAAGGCCAAACAUUCAUCAGCCGGCGACAAACAGACAGUCUAUUCACCUAUCAACUAGACAUCAACGCUUCCAAUCUGCGAAACAAGGAAGAUGACGUAGGGGUCAGCAUAUUCCUGACGGAAGCAUACCAUUUCGACCUAGGGAUCGUUCUUCUUCCACAGACAGACAAGAAUGACACGUCCGGUGAACUUGCACCCUAUGUACGGUUCCGUGGAAUGUCGGGUUAUUCUGUCCCUGAGACUGUGUUUCCGUUUCCCCAGUACUUGUCUAUUGAUUCACCGAUUACUCUGGAAAUAAAGGCGUUCAACUGGACACAUUACUCCUUUGCGGCGGGGCCGCGCGAUGCUAGGCAUCUUAUGCAGACAUAUGGGAUUGCGCGUGGAGAGCAGCUGAGUGCGGGUUUUACGGGGACGUUGGUGGGUCCUUAUGCAACGACAAACGGCCGGGAGGGAAGUCAGAAUGGGGAGUUUGAGGUGGCGGUUGGGAAUUGGACAUAUUUGCCACAAGGGCAGAUUAUCAAUUAG